GUCUCUCUGGGCUCUGUGUCUAAGGAGCCCUAGGGCACUGGGUGUGAGUCACUUAGGUGGGCCUGUGUGGAGGGGUGUCUGGGGAGGACAUUGAACAGGCUGGGCUGAAAGGGCGUUCGGCUGUCGGGGGAGGUCUCUGGGAAGACAGGUUCCUCACAGCAAAGCCUGUGGUGAAGGUCUCAGAGGCCUCUCAGGGGAAGUCUCAAGGUCUCCAGUAAGGGGAACGAGGUCUGGAGGGAGGAGAUUGUGGGUCCUCAGGCAGGGUUGUUGAGGGAGGGGGGUCUUCAGGUCCCCAGAAGCAGGGACCUCAGGCAGGAGUACUAGGGGAGGAGUGUUGAGGAAGCAGGCUCCUAAGCUGGGGGCCUCGGGGUAGGAAAGGCCUGGGCCCAUCCUGCCCUUGUGGCCCCCAGCUGCAGCCUUAGUGGCAUGGGGGUGAAGCGGAGCCUCCAGAGUGGGGGCAUUCUGCUCAGCCUCGUGGCCAACGUCCUCAUGGUGCUCUCCACGGCCACCAACUACUGGACCCGCCAACAAGAGGGCCACAGUGGCCUGUGGCAGGAAUGCAACCACGGCAUCUGCUCCAGCAUCCCCUGCCAGACCACGCUGGCGGUGACUGUGGCGUGCAUGGUGCUGGCGGUGGGUGUCGGCGUGGUGGGCAUGGUGAUGGGACUGCGGAUUCGGUGCGACGAGGGCGAGUCGCUGCGGGGCCAGACCACGAGCGCCUUCCUCUUCCUCGGCGGACUGCUGCUGCUGACCGCCUUGAUAGGCUACACCGUGAAGAAUGCGUGGAAGAACAACGUCUUCUUCUCUUGGUCCUAUUUUUCUGGGUGGCUGGCCUUACCCUUCUCAAUUCUCGCGGGCUUCUGCUUUCUGCUGGCAGACAUGAUCAUGCAGAGCACCGACGCCAUCAGUGGAUUCCCCGUGUGUCUGUGACUGCAGCCUGCCUGGGGCAGAAUAAAGGAACGGCUUUUUUUUAGC